AUGAGUCUAGAAGAAGCGGAUAUUCGAUGUCAAAUCGCUUGGCAACUCGAUCAGAAUAAAAAAUAUGAUGAAGUCGUCGCUCAUGUGCUCACCGGAUGUUUAAGUUGUGUUACAAAUCCGAAAAAGCGGUUUGGCGGAAGGGAAAUGUUGUUUCCAAACGAGCCACCGCCAUGGAUCAAAGUCCCUGAAUCCGAAAAAUCCAACCCAGAAGCGUGGAAACGAUUCCAUAAGAAGAAAAUGCGUUCCGAGAUGACACUAGAGGAGUUUGAGCAGUUUCUAGUGGAUUCCGACCUUUCAGAUGCGCAAUUAGCCAUGGAAAUUGCGAAAUUUCGGAGAAUCGAAAAAGUGGCCUCAUGGACCCAUGUUCGUGACAUUCGCAGAAAACAAAAAGAAAAGCGUUUAGAACAAGAAAAGAAGGAAAAAGAAGCGAAAAAACUGAAUUUAGAGGCGAAAAAAGAGGCGGAAAAGUUGAAAAAACAGGAUGAAAAGAGGAAAAAUCUCGAGGAAAAACAGCUGAAAGACGACGAGAAAUUGGAAUAUUUGGAAAAAAUGAAAGAGGACGAAAAGCUUCUAGAAGAAAACCUCGACGAGGAAAUUAAGGAUGAGCAAUCUGCGGAAAAUGAGGAAAAAUCGAAAAAAUCCGAGAGGAAAGAGUUCAAUUUGAGGAAAGAUAUGCCUUGGAGUCCAUCUACCUACGACUUCCUGUGCACUGAUAAGCGAUCGAUAAUCGAUCAAUCACAACAGAAACGAAUGAUUGCAAUGUGUCAGAGUUUGAUGUAUGAGGGACAAUUGAGGCAUUCUGGCAAUCGGGAUGAGCUUAAACCCGCACCCAAAACGCGUCUUCUGGAUGAUUCGAUUGCUCAUGACCUGAUUUCCUCGUGUAAACAGACUACAGUACUCUCCGAUGCGACCACAAUCUGUCAUCUGUUAUCGCCGAACUGGGAAUCGAGAGAUUACGAAUUUGGGAUUCCGAUUCGAGUCAAAAUCCAGAGAGUCGAUGGCGUUGAUAAGAAAUGCGUUACCAUGUCGAAGCCAGUGCCGAGCACUUCGCUCCAAAUGGUCCAAAAUACAUCGGGCACAAAAACGAUCGUGGACCCAUCGGAUCUGCAACUGCCACCCGAAAAUCAGCGAAAAAACUACGCAUUCGACAACACAAAAUCAGCGGCAGGACCAUCGAAUCAACACGGAAAGAAGGAGUGGCAAGCGGAGAAGGAGAGACGCAGACAGAAGAUGUUGAAGAAACAACAGAAACAGAAAGAGCUGGAUUCGAUCAAAGACGGAGAGAAGAAGAGUUGGCAAAAGUUCAAUACGAAGGCAAAUGCAAAGGGACUCAAGGGACUCAAGAAGGUUACGGUAUCCGGGUCGGCACAGGAUGGAAGUUCCACUGGAGACAAGAGGGGUACUGUAAUCUCCAAAGCAACGAUCCAACGGAAAACGCUGAAACGAGCUCUCAAAAAUCAAUAUCUGAAGAGAAUGCCGCUGAAGAAGAGUCAAAAACGAACCCAGGAUGAGCUGAUGUCUUCUGAAGAGGCGUCGUUUCAAGAAUCUCAGGAAUCCACAGCACCAACGACGUCUUCAGAAUCCCUGCUCGACAGUAUGCUCCUUGAAAUGAAGAUGAGCGAUCAGAAGUUUGCCUCCUCGAAAUCCGACGAAAUUCCAGAGAAUUCCGAAGAUUUGGCAUAUCAAUAUGCGAUUUUUCGAAUUGGCGACGCUCGAAUCUUGAUAAGAUCUAAUGGAGCGCACUUGCUCAAUGAGCAGGGCGAUAAAAAACGACAAAUUCUGGAGAAUUGUCGAAAAGUGACAUUUGAGCCGCGAAUUGAGUACCUAUCGAACGGCGGAGCCAUGGAGAUUGGAGCAGCCGAAUGGGUUUGGAACUAUACGAAAGCCGUAUUCAAAACGAGUCAGUCCCAUGUGAUCUACCGUACCAAUUAUCGAUUGGAUCACGUGCUACAAAUCGAUCCGUUAUCCAUGAGAAUUGAUAAACAGCAACCGCCUCCCGAUGCGUUGGGAAUCCUCUCGGCUCGCUGUGUGAUGCUCGAGCGAAUGAUUGCUCAGCUGGAACAACUGGAACCGGGCGAGUACUGUGCCGUCCAGGAACGUGAUCGUCCAUUGAUUGUCGUCCCCAAAUGCUCCGCCGAUCAAAGGGGCGGAGUCUCGUUGGGAGCAUCACUGACAAGAGAUGAUUGUAAGAGAACGACGGAUUCAUGGAAAGACGACGACUUCUUUCAUGGCUUCUGUCGUGAUGUCGCUCUUCAAUGGCAAAUUGUACAGGGACGCGCUCCGCAGCUGUUGUUGGCCAAGGAUUCAGCGAUUAAUGCGCAGAUGCCAUCGAAAAUGAAUCGCAAUCAAUUCCAACGAAAAAAGACGUCGAUGAAGCGGAAAUUCGCCCAGAAAGAGGCUGAAAAAGAGGACGCGAAACGACAGAAAGCGUUGGAUUUGGAUGAUCCGAAUCUGUACGCGGACUUUACGAAUCCAUCGAUUCUACCGCAGGACUUCGUGAAGCCAAAACUCAAAAAUUUUAAUUCAUUUCGAGGUGGUGGACGAGGUGGAGGACCCAGAGGAAGGCCAAGGGCACGGGGACGAGGAGCUUUCAGAGGAGGAGGAGGAGGAGCUGGCGGUGGUGGUGUUGGUUCGGGACCAAGUACAUCUGAUUCCGUUCCAGCCAUUCCAUAA